AUGGCGUUCGAGGGAUUUCCGCCUCUAAUCGCCGAUCAGCUCCACUACUUGCUCAAUCACUCGCCUGAUUCCAUCAAGAUCGAAAAUGUCUGCUCCGGAAACAAGUUUAAUCCCAAAAUCCUGGAUCGGUUUACUUUGGUUAUACCUUACUGCCUGGAGACGAUCAAAUGGGAUGUUAUUUACAAUUCAGAGUAUGCAAUGGCUCCUCCAGAUUUCAUAUUUGGGCCAGACGAUGAAGAUUUUAUGCCAUGUAGCAGUGUUGCUCCUGAUGAUGGUCAGUCUUUACCACUGAACAAGGCUUUAUCUGAGUGGAAUAACCAGGACACGGCACGUUUACUUGUUCUCAUUCAAGGAUUGAGGGAUCAGUAUGAGAUAUACCAAAGACGGCGUGUGGGUCAAGUGGAUGAUGAUCGUGUGAAGUUUGAGAUCAGCACCGUUUUAACUCGCAAGGGAAUUGAAAUGCAAAUGACUUCAGGAGUUGAAAAGCCAGAGGAAGUAAAGUUUGCAGUACCUCUUGUGAUGGAUAUGGGCAUAAACAAACUUGUGGCUGGUUGCCCUUGGAAGCAUGAGCAGAAGAUUUAUCUCCAGGUAGUAUACCCGAUUCUUAGGAAAUAUGAAUCAGUACCUGCAGCACCGCGUCUGAAAUUAGUAUCAUCUUCUGAUUUAAAAGCGCUAUUCUCUGUUGAGGACGAUGUUAAACUUCCUCCAUGGAUGGAUGGGAUGUGCUUGGCUGAAUAUCUUCCCCAUCUCGAAGAAACCCUUGAGAGACAAAUCCUGGAAGCUGUUUCCGCAAUCGUUUUCAGAAGGAGCUUUGUUGAGGCAUUGGCUCUUUUUCUUGGAAGACCUCUUGAAGCUGAUCCCACCUUUUGCCGGAAGGCUUCAUUCCUUGCUGCCUCGGGACCGUUUGCUUUCGUGGUUCACUUCUUCUUUUCAUCUCAAUUUCCGAAGCAGCAACCAGCUCUAAUGCUCCAAAGUUGUCAGCAUUUAAACCAAAUGAGUGUGCCGGUAAAAUCAAACCUCCUCACCGAGUACCCAUGGAGUCCAAGAUGGGAAGUAGGGCGCAUGGCUGAGCGACUAUGCGACUUCCUGAUCGAUGAGGCUGCCAACUUCAAAAAGUAUUGUAACGAAGCUCUCCUCCAACAUUAG